CCGCUACCCUUGCCUGGCGCAGCUUCUUACCGUGGGCAUCCAAUCGAAUGGAGGUCGCUCUCAACGCUCUCGAUGCUACUGCUGACUGUGUCACAACCACCGCGCCAUUUGCCAAGCCAGCCUUGAAAGCCUUGGCCAAAUUCACACCACAUGGCGCACUAAAGCGGGGUGAUCGCGCUCAAGCGUCUACUUUGAAUAUGCUUGAGGAUACAUCGGAUAUUAUGGAAAACGGUAUGCACAACAUCUUGCAGAACGAGUUCGACGAUCUCCGGGAUUCGAGGAACGAUCUGGCCAAUCUAGGAAGGAUCCAGACUUUGAGAAACUGGUCCAAGUUUUCUCAGUAUGCGUCAGACGCUGUGCAUCUCAACAAGAAAACGGUGACCUCAUCGCAAGCGGCCAGGAGUGACAACAUCUGGAAGAGGAAAGGCUUAGCGAGUAGAUCAUUAUCGAACGGCAGAUCAGAGCCAACCCCGAUUUCCGACACCGUUGACGCACCAAUUGACUGUCCGAGGCGAGCUGACGAUAACGCGUCCGUGGACAUCACGUCCGUGUACGAGGACCCCUUUCGUGAAACAGCAUCGGUCGUUGUUUCUGACCAAGCCUUUAAGCCGGCACGAGAGCCCAGUAUAGCUGAAUCCGAGAGCAUAUACUCUGAUCUAGGGGAGGCCGAACACGACGACAGUUUCCGCCUUCAUACACUGAGACAAUCUGACGGCUCUCGGUGACGCUUAUGCGCUAUACUCGGAGGCGGUGGAGUCACUAAGAUAAUAUCAACGAAGAUAAAUUCAUACAUCAUUCCUCGCGCGGGCGCGUCGCAACUAAAACACUCGUUCACGAUGAUAUUAUAUGUAUGUCCGUAAUUAGUAUGUAAUGUGCUCAUCUCCGCCGCAA